AUGCUUUCUCGUGUCGCUCUCUCUGCUCGCCCCGCGCGCGUCAUGGCCCAGAAGAUUGCCGCCGGCCGCAGCUUCCAGCUCUCGACGACGGCGCGCGCCGGCCUCAAGGAGUCCGCAGGCGAAGACGCCGACUACAAGAAGCACCAGGACGACUCGCUCCGGAAGCAGAAGGAAGGCAAGGGCCACUGGAAGCCCGAGCUGGCGUCGGACAGCGAGGAGGCCAUCAACGCGGACCGCAACGCGAACCUGACGCCCGAGCAGCUGCAGGAGAAGACGAAGAAGGCGGCCGAGGAGACGCACAAGGCCGGCACGAGCAUGCGCGACGGCCUGUGA